UGAUAACUUCCCAACUCCAUCUGCCGAGUCCCCACGCAGCUUGCCUUUGUUCCUUGCCUGGCGCAAACAUUAUGGCCGACGCCGACGCGGCCCCCCCGACAGCCAGCAAUGCGCUGAGCAACGGCACGGGAUCUACCCCGAAGAAGGUGGCAUACUUCUACGACUCCGACGUGGGCAACUAUGCAUACGUUGCCGGCCAUCCCAUGAAACCCCACCGCAUACGGAUGGCUCACAGCCUAAUCAUGAAUUACGGCCUGUACACGAAGAUGGAAAUCUAUCGCGCGAAACCCGCUUCGAGAUAUGAAAUGACGCAAUUCCACACCGACGAGUACAUCGAGUUCCUCCACAAAGUUACACCGGACAACAUGGACAACUUCGCGAAGGAGCAGAGCAAGUACAAUGUCGGCGAUGACUGUCCCGUGUUUGACGGGCUAUUCGAGUUCUGUGGCAUCAGCGCCGGUGGGACAAUGGAAGGUGCGGCGCGCUUGAACCGAGGGAAGUGCGAUGUGGCUGUCAACUGGGCUGGUGGACUACACCACGCGAAAAAGAGCGAAGCUAGUGGCUUCUGCUAUGUGAACGACAUCGUACUCGGAAUCAUAGAGCUACUGCGAUAUAAACAGCGCGUCCUCUAUAUCGACAUUGACGUCCAUCACGGUGAUGGUGUCGAGGAAGCAUUUUACACGACCGACCGUGUCAUGACCGUCUCGUUCCACAAAUACGGCGAGUACUUCCCGGGUACCGGGGAGCUGCGCGAUAUUGGCGUGGGCUCAGGGAAGAACUACGCUGUCAACUUCCCGCUUCGCGAUGGCAUCACAGAUGAGACGUACCGGAAUAUCUUCGAGCCCGUUAUCGAGGCCGUCAUGACUUACUUCUGCCCGGAAGCUAUCGUCCUCCAGUGCGGUGGCGACAGUCUGUCAGGUGAUCGUCUCGGUUGCUUCAACCUCAGUAUGGACGGUCACGCCAAUUGCGUGCGAUACGUAAAAAGCUUCAGAGUGCCAGUCAUUGUGCUUGGCGGUGGUGGUUACACUAUGAGGAACGUUGCGCGGACAUGGGCUUAUGAGACUGGGUCGCUCGUGGGCGAAAAUAUGUCGAAGCAGUUGCCCUUCAAUGAUUAUUACGAGUAUUUCGCGCCGGAUUACGAACUGGAUGUGCGCCCUUCGAACAUGGAAAACGCAAAUUCGCACGACUACUUGCACAAGAUCAAGUCAGCCGUUAUCGAUAAUAUCCGGCGAACAGGGAAGCCUUCGGUUGAGGCAUUCACAAACAUCCCCGAUGUCCCGGGCCACCUCGGGCGUGGAAUGGAUUCCGAUGCCGAGGAUGAGAUGGAUGAUCUUGAUGUUGAUGAGAACCCUGACACGCGAGUUACCCAGCGCCAGCGUGAUCAGCAGAUUGAGCACGAAGGCGAGCUAUAUGAUCCCAGCGACGACGAGGAUUAUAAGGAGAGCCUUGGCGUGCGGCGACAGCCCGGCGGGAAGCGAAGACGCAACAUCAUGGACUACCAGAAUCCCAAUGCUGCUCCAGAUGACGGCGCAGACACUCCAGAUGGUGUGCGAGGCCUUAAUGGGGAGAGCGCUCGUCAACGGCGGUCCAUCUCUCGGGCAUCAUCAGCACGACCAGCUAAUGGCAUUUCAUCACGGACACGAACACCCGCCAUUCCUGCUGACGCCGAUGAAGACGGCGAUAUUGAGAUGGAAGAGCCUGAUGUACCAUCAGGGCCAGCAGCAGGUCCCUCCGACGCACCACCUACGGCAUUAUCACGGUCGCAGUCGCCGGCGGGUGUUGUUACGCCACCAGAAUCUCCACCUGCCCCUGCAUCAGCAGCUGACGUCGAAAUGGAAGUUGAUCUUGAGGAUGCGGGCGCAGCUGAGCAAAAGGCGAAGGCAAAGGAAGAAGGCGAGGCGGAGAGGGAUACAGAGAAUGUCAAGGACGAAGUGCGGACGGAGGUGGCGAAGGAUGAAUGAGGAACCUCGGAGACGAGCGGCAUUUUGAUGGCGUUCUCCUGCUGGGUAGCGGUAGGUGUUCUGGAUCAUGCGGCUGGGGUCUGCUCUGGGAUACCUUUUGUAUUUCGAUACUUGCUUCUUCCUUCUAUCACAAAGCUCUAAGUGUACAGUGCAAUCGUAUUCGCCUGGGACAAUCGUAAA